UCCAUCAUUGUAACCCACCACAAACGAAUCAUUUCAACAACAACAAAAAAGUGGCACACCGUUUUUUCUCAUUUUUGUCAUUAGCACAUGAUGAUAGAAUCAAAUAGAGUGAGACUAAGAUAAUAUAUCCUUGAAAAUCUAAUCAACAUUAUUAUAGAACAUGCAUAUUGGAGUUACGACAAUAUAACCCUAUAAAUGGGAAAUGUAGCUUCAAGAUUUGCAUUUUAUCCUCCAACCCCACCAACGUAUGAAGUGCUAGAGGAGAAGGAUGGGAUGAAGCUCAUAUUCUCGCCGCUUCCCAAAGAGAAGAAUGUGGAAGUGCAUCGUCUAGAGACGAAGAGUGGGAACAAGAUCAUUGCUAUAUUUUGGAAACACCCUUUUGCCAGGUUUACAUUCCUAUACUCGCAUGGCAAUGCCGCUGACUUGGGUCAGAUGAUCGACCUUUUCAUGUACCUCAGAGCUCAACUUCGCGUCAAUAUUAUGAGUUAUGACUACUCAGGAUAUGGUGCUUCUACAGGUAAGCCAACCGAGUUGAACACAUACUAUGACGUAGAAGCAGUGUAUGAUUGUUUGAAGAGUCAAUAUGGGAUUAAGGAAGAAGAACUAAUUUUGUAUGGUCAAUCAGUUGGAAGUGGCCCCACAGUACACUUGGCUUCUAAGUUAGUAAACUUGAGAGCUGUUGUUAUCCACAGUGGCAUCCUCUCAGGGAUAAGGGUCUUAUACCCUAUCAAGAUGACAUUUUGGUUUGACAUAUUCAAAAAUAUAGACAAAAUAAAGCAUGUCAACAGCCCAGUGUUAAUUCUGCAUGGAACUAGUGAUGAAGUCGUUGAUUGCACCCAUGGAAAGCAAUUAUGGGAAAAUUGUAAGGAAAAAUAUGAACCUUUGUGGGUUAAGGGUGGGGGACAUUGUGACCUUGAAGCUUAUCCCGAAUACCUCAAGCACAUGCGCAAGUUUCUAAAUGCCAUGGAGAAGCCCACUACCAAAGGAGAGACAAACGAACAAGUUACCCAAAAUCCUAUUGAUAAUGAAUCUAAACGAAACAAAUGUUUAGGAUUUGGUUAAAGUUAGCUUGGUUUCUGUGAUUUGGAUGUGUGAAAUGUAUGUGAACCAGGUUUAAAAGAAAGUUAGAUCCAAUGUAGGAUUUUUCUUCUUUA